CACGACCCGCAGUGUCCUGGUGUCCGCAGGCCGUGAGGUCCCGGCGCCGCCGCCACGUAGGCCUCCGGGAAACCCAGGCGAGCAACUGAGGGGGAGCGAGCCCUUCAUUACCCCGAGACUUUCUCGGCCUCCCUGUCGUGGACACCAGCCGCAGAGGUAGAAGGAAGCUGGGGCUGAGGGUACUAUCCCCGCGCCCAUGGCCCAGCGCGGUUUCGGCGACCCACGACCCGCUGCAGGUGCAGUCCCCCGAGGCGGCCACCAGAGGGCCUGCCCCCUCCUCCAGUCUGCCGCUCUCCGCCACCCCUUCUCGCAGCUGUUUUCCGCAGGAGAUUGACAGCUGGGCUCUGGGUUGCCAUGGGGAUAAGCAAAUAAAGCGGCGCGCCUGGGACUCCGAUUGGCCUGGGGACGCACGCCCCUCCCGGGGAGGCGGGCCCUAAUGCCCGGCUCUAUAAAGGGGAGCUCGUGCAACGGCGCCGGGCGGUGGAGGCGGGGCCGCGUGCGGGCGGAGCCCGGGGAGACACGAGCGGUGGCCAGGGAAGCCGCGCGCUGCCACCCGCCCAGGCCCGCCUGAGCCGGGACAGAGAAGGUCUGGGCUGCGUCCGCCCCGACUGGCCCCGGGCCACCCCAGAGGCUUGGCCCGCAGCGUCCCCAGCGGCUGCUUCAGAGUUAGCGGCAAGAAACUUUUCCCCUCGCGUCUAGGUAGCGCUGCCCCAGCCGGCGCGCCCCGCAGCCGCCCCCACCGGGGCCCGCCGCCCGUGGGAGCGAGGGGGGGGAGAGGCCCGCGGCUCCCCCCCCUCCCCGCCUCCCCUCGGCGCGCGUGGGCUCGGGCCCCGGGCGAUGGCCGCGGAGCUGGCGAUGGGCGCCGAGCUGCCCAGCAGCCCGCUGGCCAUCGAGUACGUGAACGACUUCGACCUGAUGAAGUUCGAGGUGAAGAAGGAGCCGCCCGAGGCCGAGCGCUUCUGCCACCGCCUGCCGCCCGGCUCGCUGUCGUCGACGCCGCUCAGCACGCCCUGCUCGUCCGUGCCCUCCUCGCCCAGUUUCUGUGCGCCCAGCCCGGGCACCGGCGGCGGGGGCGGCCCGGCGCAGGCCGGGGGCGCCCCGGGGCCGCAGAGCGGGGGCCCCGGUGCCGUCGGGGGCGCCUCGGGGAAGCCAGCGCUGGAGGAUCUGUACUGGAUGAGCGGCUACCAGCACCACCUCAACCCCGAGGCGCUCAACCUGACGCCCGAGGACGCGGUGGAGGCGCUCAUCGGCAGCGGCCACCACGCCGGACACCACGGUGCGCACCACCCGGGGGCCGCGGCGGCGGCCUACGAGGCUUUCCGGGGCCCGGGCUUCGCUGGCGGCGGCGCGGACGACAUGGGUGCCGGUCACCACCACGCCGGCCACCACCACCACCACGCCGGCCACCACCACCACCACCACCACCACCACGGGGGCGGCGCGGGCCCGGGGGGCGCGGGCGGCGGCGGCGCGGGCCACCACGUGCGCCUGGAGGAGCGCUUCUCCGACGACCAGCUGGUGUCCAUGUCCGUGCGCGAGCUGAACCGGCAGCUGCGAGGCUUCAGCAAAGAGGAGGUGAUCCGGCUGAAGCAGAAGCGCCGCACGCUCAAGAACCGCGGCUAUGCACAGUCGUGCCGCUUCAAGCGGGUGCAGCAGCGGCACAUUCUGGAGAGCGAGAAGUGCCAGCUCCAGAGCCAGGUGGAGCAGCUGAAGCUGGAGGUGGGGCGCCUGGCCAAGGAGCGGGACCUGUACAAGGAGAAAUACGAGAAGCUGGCGGGUCGGGGCGGCCCAGGGGGUGCAGGCGGGGCCGGCUUCCCGCGGGAGUCCUCCGCGCCACAGGCCGGCCCCGCGGGAGCCAAGGGUCCGCCCGACUUCUUCCUGUGAGCGAGCGCAGGGACCAGGAUCGUGCGGGCCGCCAGUCCCGGGCUCCCGGCCCCGGCCCCGCCCGGCUCGCCGCCCUGCUCCUGCAGUCGGUCGCGGGGGGCCCGGGCGCACGGAGCCCCGCGACUUCCAGGAAAGUUGAGCCCCGCGGAACUCGCUUGUACAUAGUCCAACGCACUCCAGACCCUACCCGCCAGGGGGUCCGGCCUCCCUCCCCUCUGUCAUUUUUUUUUCUUUUUUCUUUUCUUACCUCCUCCCCGCCCCUGCCUUUUUCUACCCUAACACCCCACCCCUUUUACAGCAGUCUUACUGGCGAGGUAUUUAUAUUUAUUUGGCUCGGUGAUUAGCGAAGGAAAUGCGUGGGGUUCUCCCUCCUGGCCGGUCCCCCUUGGACCUGCAUGUGCCCCUCACUCCGAGGGUCCCUGCCUGCCUUCCUCCCCGCCUGACCCCCCCAGCCCAGCUCCCCGCCCCGCCACCCCCCCAAGAGACUGAAGGACGGGGAGCUUCUCUGCCACCCACCCCACUGCCCUGCUACCCUGGUGUGUGUGUGUGGGGGGGGGGUCGCUGGCGGGUGCUGCUAUUUCUCUAUGCACCAGAUCGUAUUUAUGAUUCCCUGGGACAUAGAUCUUAUUUUAACCUUCCCAAGAAGUGGAAGAAGUGAUUUAAAAAAAAAAAAAAAAAAAAGCAAUGCACAGUAUUUCUAGCAGAAAGCAAACAUUUUUUAAGAGGAGGUUUUCGCCUGAACCUCCCGGCAUGGGGGCAGGGGGGAGGAAGCGUCUUUGUUUUAAUUUAAAUUGUGUUUUGUUUUUGUUUGUGUGAUCUUCUAAAGCCCGAUGGAGAAUUUAAAAUUUUAAAAUUUCAGUGGAGAAUGGGGAAGGGGUAGGCGGCAGGACCCAUGUCCUCCUACCAGGCACAGUGACCCCUCCGCUUACCCGGACAGUGUCCUGAGCAGGAGCCCCCCCCAGCUCCAUGAAGCUUUUCUGAUGUUGUUCGGUUUUGUCGGAUUCUCCUUCCUUCCUUCCUUUCUUUCUUUCUUUUUUCCUCUUUCUUUCUUUCUUCCUUUCCUUUUUUCUUUCUUCUUCCCUUUUAUUUGCUACGAAACUGAGGGAAAGAGGAGAAAAAAAAACCACAAACAAAAUA